AAAGAGCUCCCUUCCGACAUCUGUCGGGGGUCUGGAUGAGUUCAGCCAGAGUCACGUGACCCGGGCCAUGGCCUCCUCCUCCUCCUCCUCCUCCUCCUCCUGCUGUACCUUGACAGCGCGCGGCGUUUCCCUGCAUUGCGGCUCGCCGGCUCCGCGUCUCCUUCCCUCCUUCCCGCCGCGAAGCCUUGGCAGGAGCCCGGCCCGAGGAGCCUUGCCUUCUCCGGGGCCACUUCUUCCUGCGGGGGCGGCAGGAGGCGGGGAGGAGACUCCGCGGCGCCCCAGGAUGGUAUGGAAAUAGAUCUGGGAUGGAGCGGCAGGACCCGAAAGGCGAGCAAGGGGCAGCAUUAAGAAACUGCUUCUCUCACUGAGACCACUUUGCCGGCUCUUUCGCUGCAAGCAGAAGAUGAACAGCAUAAAUGUAUUUUAUUCUUCUUGCCAGGAAAAUCUGACCUGGCUAAUGGACCUACUGAGAAAAUGGAUGCAUCCAAACCAUUUCCUGGACUAUUUCUCAGACUAUAUAAUCUUGUUCCUUGGGGUAUUAACCCCAUUUGUACUUUUGUUUUCACCAGUUUUAGUAGUUCUUGGCUGUAUUUACCUUUCAAAUGUUAUACUGCAUAUUUACAAGAGAAAGAUGAAUUUAAAUGGGGAUUAUCUCAGCAAAAUGUGGGACAAUGGAAGAAAGUCGGUGGCUUCUGUCUGGGACAUUUAUGGCAAAGUGUGGCAUGGUUAUGAGGUGCAUGGGAUGGAUAAAUUACCAGAAGGACCAGGACUUGUUGUAUUUUACCACGGAGCCUUUCCUCUAGACUAUUAUUACUUCGUAUGUAGACUCUAUUUACAGACAGGCAGAUUCUGCCGCACAGUGGUUGACUAUCACUUUUCCAAAAUAAUAGGUAUAAAGCUUUUUUAUGAUGUACAGGGCCUUACACACGAUGGAAGAGUGGAAUGUGUUGAAAUUCUGAAAAAAGGUUACUUACUAGGAGUCUUACCAGGUGGAGCCCGCGAAGCGCUCUUUAGCGACGAAAACUAUGGUCUCUUAUGGGGCAGACGCACAGGCUUUGCUCAUGUGGCCAGAGAUGCAAAAGUGCCUGUCAUCCCUAUAUUUACAAAAAAUCUACGUGAAGGAUACAGAACACUUGGAAAAAUAUGGCCAUUCAAAUGGCUAUAUGAACGUACCCGAUGGCCAAUUGUUCCUGUAUAUGGAGGGUUUCCAGUCAAAUUUUGUACAUACAUAGGAGAUCCCAUUCCUUAUGAUCCAAAUAUAACAGCUGAAGAACUGGCUGAAAAGACAAAGGCUGCAAUGAGAGAACUCAGAGAUAUGCACCAGAAAGUACCAGGUAGCAUACUAAAAGCCCUUUUGGAAAGAUUUGGUAAACAUCCAGUUGAUUAAUAUCUUGAAAGAAAGCUUUAUUCUCCUAUUUUUUUCCAUCUCUAGAAAAAGUCAACUCAGUAGUUUCUUUGCACUAAAAACAAAACUAUACAGAGUUAAUUUAGAAGCACUUACACAACUAAACUCCUAAUCAACCUUGUUCUCAAGUAUGGACAAAAAUGUGACUAGACUCACUCUGAGGGAGUGUCAUCAAAGUUGAAGAAUUUAAUUUGAGCAUUAAGUAUGCUGUUCUGAUUUGUAUUAAUUAGCAGUCUUGUGUAUUUAUUACUCUUCUAUUUCGUAAUUAAGCUUUUAUUGCUUAUGCCACCUUCCCUCUUUGAUGAUGAAGCAUGAAAUGGUAGGGACCACAUCUUUCACUCACAAACAAGAUAUUCCAGCACACAGAUACUAUCUCACUCCAGGAAUUCAUGGAAAAACUAUUAAGAGUGAAGGAUGGUUGUAGAUGGAGAAACCUUGCUGAAUUAAUGACACAUUGAAACAGCCUGUUGGGAAUUCAUUUGAUUUGGUGAAGCUGCAAUAUAAAGGAUGCAUAACAUGUAUUUUGAGGCCUAAAUACCCUAAAGUCAUCAGAUUCCAUCUAAUCUUAAACACUAAAAAAGGUCAGCCCUGGGUAAUCAAUGGAUGGGAGACUUCAAAUAAAUGCCAGGUGCUGUAGGCUACAUUUCAGAGAAAAACAUUGACAAAAAUAGCCUAAGAAAACCCUGUGAAAAUCAUGAAAUCACAGUGAGUUGAGAGAUGAUUUGUGAACAUGCACACAUGUAUAAGAUAUACCUUGGUUGCAUUUGUUCAUGUCUGGAUGCCCACUUCCAAGAGUGGUGCUGGUUGAAUCUCUGCUCGGCACCAUGAUUUUUAUUUUUCAAGAAUCCUCAGAUCUCUUCCUCGUCCAUUAUUAUUAUUAUUAUUAUUAUUAUUAUUAUUAUUAUUAAUAUCCUGCUUUCUCUCUCUCUAAAAAAAAAAAAAGACUUAAAGCAACUUCCAGAAGAAAUGUACAAUACAAUUUAUUUUUUAAUCUCCUAUACUGUUGAACAUCAAAUGAAAUCACUGUACAGUAUCAUCUGGGAAUUCAGAAUGCAGUGCUGCUAUAUGUACUAUACUUCACUGUGUAAUCGUUGCACUUUUAAAUCCCUUUCUUUUAGGGGGAAAAAGUGGGUGCAAAUAUUAUGCAGUGGAAAAAUUUCAAGCUACGGCACUCCACUUGGGGCAGCCAAGCAAAACUCCAUAAAUGGGAGAGGGGAGGUAUGUGGCCAAGUGAAGCUUCACUUGCCCAUGCACCAACCCCUCCCUUCCAGCUAUGAGGCCUCACUUGCUCACCUGUGCGACUGCCCCCUCCUUCCGGCCAUGGGGCUUCACUUGGCUGAGCAAAGUGUCAGCUGAAUAAAGCCCCAUAGCUGGAAAGGGGGGCACAUGGAUGAGUGAAUGAAGCUGGGUACUUUUGGACAAUGAAUCAAGGCUGCGACAAUUAUGCAGUGAAAGCAAAAAUACCAAAAAUGAACAAAGGGGGGUGGGGAGCAGUUGUGACUAUUAUGCAGUCAAAACGAUUACAUGGUGAAAUAUGGUACUUUGUCAAAUGAGACACUGGAAGUGUUUAAAAUCUAGUUGUAUUAAGGAUUGGAUGAAGACCAGUAAAUGGGCAAAAUUCAGACUAGAGGCAUUAUUAUUAUUAUUAUUAUUAUUAUUAUUAUUAUUAUUAUUAUCUGCCUUGGUUGUUGUAUUCAACUUUUUAUAUGCAUCCCCCCCAGAUGGGAUUCAAGAUACUUCACAAUUAUGUGAACUAAAAGAAGAAUAUGAAAGGAUCAUGUUUGUAGCUUGAAGAUGUUCAUUUUUUCAUGUUUAUCAUUUAUAACUGUGACUCCAUUGUGAAUAUGCAAUGCCCCAAAAUCGCUGUCUACUGGUAUUUCACAGCUGAGGGCAUUAUACCUGAAGGAUUGCUCUUUUCUACACAAACCCCCAUGCCUGAUGGACACAGCUUUUCUAGUAGUGAGUACUUCCUGGAGAGGCUUGUUUGCUACCUAUUUUUAUACCUUUCCAGCAUUUGACAAAUACUUUGUUUUUUUUUAAGCAUCUUAAAUUAUGUUAUGGUUUUAUAUGCUGUGGAUUUUAUUGUUUGGCCUCAGUUGUAAAUUGGUUUGUUAAUGCUAAGUUUCAUUUCCUCUGUUACCUAUUUUUAAAGUGAGUUAUAGUUUAAUUCUGUUGCUGUACUUUGAUGUUUUACUGUAAUUUAUUGUGUUUACUCCCUCUAAGCAAACAAGAGAAAUUUUGUUACAAGGGACCCUGUAAAUUAUAUGUAUGUAUAAACAAUAAAAUUCACUUUUCCAGAUAA